CUCUUCCCACGAUGUCCCGGAGCAUCUGCGGGGGAAACUUGAAGGAGGCACGCGGAGCGUGGAGAUGGACGCGAGUCCGACGACGCACCGGAGCCGUGCUGUGCUGCUGAAUGGGUGACAAGCUGGCAGUCGCCCCGUGAAGCGCCGCACUGUGCAGGACAGCGUCCUCCCACAGAGCCGCAGGGAUGUACCAGGAGGUGGCCUUCCUGGCCGGGAACGCCGAGCACCAGUUCACCACCAUCCACUUCAAGCGCGUUGAGAACCCGCAAGAGGUCUCGUCCAAGAAGGGCCUGUUCUACAAGCGGGCCCAGCUCCUGCUCCAGCCCCAGACCCGCCUCAAGACCGGAGACGAGAUCGGCCUGGCGGACGGGGCGGCCAUCAUCAACGUCGGGGGCAUCAAGUACCGCAUCCCCUGGUCCACGCUGGACGAGUUCCCCCUGACGCGCCUGGGGAAGCUGCGCAGCUGCAGCAACGAGGCCGAGAUCAUGGACGUGUGCGACGACUACGACGGCAGCCGCAACGAGUACUUCUUCGACCGGAGCCCGUCGGCGUUCCGCAUCAUCGUGUCGUUCCUGGCGGCGGGGAAGCUGCGGCUCCUGAGGGAGAUGUGCGCCCUGUCCUUCCAGGAGGAGCUGCUGUACUGGGGCGUGGAGGAGAACAACCUGGACUGGUGCUGCCUCCGGAAGCUGCGGCUCCGGCAGGAGGAGUACAAGGAGCAGCAGCGGCUGGAGGAGGAGGACACCGAGCUGGCCUCGCCGCAGUCCUGCGAGGAGAGCCGGCAGCCGUCGGAGGCGCCGGAGGAGACGCUGGCGGCGGGCUGCAUGCGGAGGCUCCGGGACAUGGUGGAGAACCCUCACUCCGGCCUGCCGGGGAAGAUCUUCGCCUGCCUGUCGGUGAUCUUCGUGGCCAUCACGGCGGUCACGCUGUGCGUCAGCACCAUGCCCGACCUGCGCGAGGAGGAGGAGCGGGGUGAGUGCUCCCAGAGGUGCCACAACAUCUUUGUUCUGGAGACGGUGUGCGUCGGCUGGUUCUCCCUGGAGUUCCUGCUGCGCUUCAUUCAGACCCAGAGCAAGUGGACGUUCCUGCGCACGCCGCUGAACGUCAUCGACGUGGUGGCCAUCCUCCCCUACUACAUCACCCUCAUCGUGGACUCCAUGUCGGUGGGGGGCAAGCCCACGGGCUCGGGGAACAACUACCUGGAGAAGGUGGGACUGGUCCUGAGGGUUCUGCGAGCCCUGCGGAUCUUCUACGUGAUGAGGCUCGCCCGCCACUCGCUGGGCCUGCAGACGCUGGGCCUGACGGUGCGCAGGUGCACCAGAGAGUUCGGCCUGCUGCUGCUCUUCCUGUGCGUGGCCAUGGCCCUCUUCUCGCCGCUGGUUUUCCUCGCCGAGAGCGAGAUGGGCGCCAAGCAGGAGUUCACCAGCAUCCCCGGGAGCUACUGGUGGGCGGUCAUCUCCAUGACGACGGUGGGCUACGGGGACAUGGUGCCGCGGAGCAUCCCCGGCCAGGUGGUGGCGCUGAGCAGCAUCCUGAGCGGCAUCCUCCUCAUGGCGUUCCCCGUCACGUCCAUCUUUCACACCUUCUCGCGCUCCUACGUGGAGCUGAAGGAGGAGCAGAGCCGCGCGCUGAAGCAGAAGCUGGACUCGCAGGACAGCACCAAGUCGCAGAACAGCGAGGACUCGCAGGAGACGGACAGCUACCGCGGCAUCACGGAGGCCGCCGCCACCGUCAUUCAGCGGAGGAAGUCCAUGGCCGCUCAGAGGGCGGCCGAGAUCAGAGCGUCCAUGCAGACCUAAGCCUCUCUGACUGGCCGGGAGGCCGAGACAC